UCUCCGCCACCCUCUCUUCCCCGCCGCUUACCCUCUCUCUCUCUGCCGGAGCAGCCAGAGCCAGAGCCAGCACCAUGGUGGACGCGCAUGCAGCGAAACAAGGCAUUGGGAUCCUGGGGGACGUCGCCGUCGGCAUCCUCGUCUUCCUACCGAUCUGCAUGGUUUUUCGCCACAUCAAGGAGGCCCAGGACGUCGGCCAGCGAACUGUACUGCCCUACGUUUCCACCUGGAUGAACGCUGCUUCGUUUGUCUUCUAUGGGUACAACAGGAGUGACCGGCCAGUGGCCACUAUCAAUGGCAUUGCAUUUCUUGUCGAGGCCAUCUACUGCGCCGUUUACAUCUACUACGCCCAAGGCUGGAGACGCCAAGUGGCGGUGGCCAUGGCUGUCGUCCAAGGUGCCUUCCUCGCGUUGCUGGUGUCCCUUCAGCUCACGGUCUUCAGUCACGGGCGUAACGCCGAAAAGAGGGAUCAAGUUUUCGGCGGCCUUGGCUUGGGGACAGCCGUCUUGAUGUACCUCUCUACCAUGGACCAGACGGUCCGAGCAUACAGAACCCACGACGUCGAUGGAUUAGAGAUGUCCUUUACGUACCUCUUCAACGCAUUGAUCUGGCUCGUCUACGCCGCCCUGCCGACGUUUGACGCAUUCGUUCUAUCGGCCAGUAUUGUGGGUGUGCUUGCCACUGGUUACCAGGCUUUCCUUUGGGUCAGGUACCGGAAUGCGCCGAUUCUCGAGGCCAACGCUGGGAUUGAAAUGCCCGGCGGAGGUGUGAAUCCCCUCCCACCUGUCAUUCCCCCGGCCGACGACCCUCUUCUCGAGGCCAACGCUGGGAUUGAAAUGCCCGGCGGAGGUGUGAAUCCCCUCCCACCUGUCAUUCCCCCGGCCGACGACCCUCUUCUCCAGCCCAACGCUGGGAUUGCCGUGGCCGCUGGAGUUGUGAUUUCCCCUGUGAUUCCCCCAGCCAACGAUGGGAUUGCCGUGGCCGCUGGAGUUGUGAUUCCCCCAGCAAACGAUGGGAUUGCCGUGGCCGCUGGAGUUGUGAUUCCCCCUGUCAUUGCCCCAGCUGAUGAUCCUCUUCUCCAGGGCAUCGCUGAGAAUGCCAUGGCCGCUGGAGGUGUGAUUCCCCCUGCCAUCCCCCCAGCGGAGGGCCAGCUUCCCCAGGCCAACGGAGCUGCUGCUGCUGCUGCUGCGAUUGACCAGGCCGACGGAGCUGCUGCUGCUGCUGCGAUUGACCAGGCCGAAGGAGCUGCUGCUGCUGUGAUUGACCAGGCCGAAGGAGCUGCUGUUGCUGCUGCGAUUAACCAGGCCGAAGGAUCCCCUGCGUGAGUAUGUUACCACCAAGCUAUCACGGUUGUGGACGGAGAGGGUGGUGUAUUCCUCCGUGCCUAACAAUCAGAUUUGAACCUUGGAUUCACAUUAGUACUGCUAGUAUUCUGUAAUAUUUGCACUCUCUGCCAGCUUCAUUCUGCUUUGAGCUGAACCAUUUUAUUAUUUCCCUAGUGAACUACUAGUACUCUGCUUUGAACUGAACCAAGUUUUAUUCCCUAGUGAACCGGUACUCUGCUUUGCACUGAACCUUUCCCUAGUAUUCUGCUUUACUCACUGAUUAUCUAGCAAUAUAUGGG